AUGUCCUCUUCUGAGUCACACUCAAGAAAAGGUAUUCAAAAAUGUCUUGACGGAAAAAAUAUUCAAACAAAACAAAGUCGUGAUAAAAAAACAAAAGAAGUAGCUCAAAUGUCAUUUCUAAUUUGGGCAUUAAAUCGUAAAUUCUCAUUUUCAUUUCAAAAGCCAAAAAAGAGGUCAACAGUAAACUUUUGUUUUCCUGAUUUAAUUGAAAUUGAUUUUGGGAAAGACAAAAUGGAUGUUGUACAAUUUUUGAAUGAACGUGCAGAAGAAGACUAUAAUAACUUUUCUCAAAGAAUGACUCCUAAACAAGCUAAUAGGAAAGUUGAACAUCUUAAGAAAGUAUACCUUCAUAAUUAUCUUACUGAUCUUGCAAUACAUGAUGGCAUUACAAUAAUAAGUAAAGCUACUCAAAAAGAUAUUGAACAAAUGGAAAGAUUCAUUAGAAUAGAAUUUGAUAGUAACAUUUAUAACCAAAGUGAAAUUGUUGAAGCUGGAGUAGAAAUUAAUGUUAUUCUUAUGGCAAUGCUUGGAGAUAAUUCUACUUUAAAGGUACCAAAAGGAAAAUUAUACGAAUCUUACGUUCGAACUGAGAAGUAG